AAUCCACACGGAGGACAGAGUUUAUACGUCGGAAUGAUAUAGUUGUUUAUUUCUGGCAGCUAUGAUCAUUGAUGUGUGUUUCGUUUUGUUUUACGGCAAUACGUCACUCUGGUCCGCACUCCGGUGUAGUAGGUGGCGGUACUGCGUUGUACUACCGCUAAACUCACGUAGAAGAAGAUGACGAUGAAUCGGUUUACGGCAGUCUUUGCAAUGAGGGACAGGAUCACAGGUUUCGGGGUUCUUUUAAUUUGAAUGUGUCUUUUACAGACUAACUGUUUUCCUCAGUGUGGUUUAGACUGACCCUCUGUGACUGCGUUGGAGGAUGGACCCUGUAGUGCUGAGCUACCAGGACAGCCUGCUUCGGCGCUCUGACGUGUCCUUGCUGGAAGGACCUUAUUGGCUCAAUGACCAAGUCAUCGGCUUUGCCUUUGAGUACUUUGCAGCUGAACGUUUUAGAGUUUUGGGUGACACCAUCACCUUCAUCAGCCCAGAGGUCACCCAGUUCAUCAAGUGUGCUUCCUGCCCCGAUGAGUUAGCUCUGUUCCUCAAGCCUUUGGAUCUGUCGUCCCGUCGUUGGGUCUUCCUAGCAGUCAAUGAUAACUCCAACCAGACCGCUGGAGGGUCCCACUGGAGCCUUCUCGUCUACCAUCACAACUCGAAUCACUUUGCCCAUUAUGACUCUCAGAACGGCAGUAACUCAAUUCACGCACGACGCAUUGCCAGCAAGUUAGAGCCAUUCUUAGGGGCAGGAAGGAAGGCGCUUUUUGUGGAGGAGCCCUGCCCUUCACAGCAGAACAGCUAUGACUGUGGCAUGUAUGUUAUCUGUAUCGCAGAGGCCUUGUGUGAGAAGGCCAGAGCAGAGGGUUCGCCACGCCUGCUUGUGCAAAUCAUCACCCCAGCCUACAUCACCCAGAAGAGGGCUGAGUGGUACAGACUGAUCCAGAGUCUUGCUCAGAGCGACCUCUGCUGCACUCUGUCAUUUCCAUAGCACGUUUAUGACCCACAGUAUGCACAAAAGCUGACCACAUAUCUACUGCUGGAGCCUAUGAAUGCACUCUCUCAAUACAGUAUUUAAGCAUAUAUGAAAGAUAUUUAUAUAAAUCUAUCAUAUUCCAUAAUAAAAAUGCUAAAAAAAAAUAAAAAUAAUAAUAAUAAUCAAUGUCAUGAAUCUUAAAUGAUUCAUUGGACAUUUGGUGUGAUGUUUAUCCCCUGUAUAUGCACAGCAACAUACAAUAUGUAAACAAGAACACCAGCAUGCCUAUAAAUUGAAUUUACUCCCUUGUACAUAUUAAAGGAGAGUGAGAAAUACUGUAUGUCAUCUAGAACAGGCAGCACUGGCUUUUAUUCUCCAUGUUAUGAGUUGGGAGCGAAUGUAGAAAUGUUUACACAGAUUAUUGCUCAGGGUCAUUUAAAAUGAACUAGAAUUGACAAAGAAUGUGCAUCGUAACCUUGGCUCCUGCUUUCUGUCAUAUUUGUUCACAUUAUUAGUCUGUUGCAAAAAUAAAGUUUUUGAACCUUUCAGAGGAAAAUUGUGUGAGUGAAGGGCACACACUGUUUGCUGUGAAUACCUUUGAAGGACAGGAUGAAGCUGAUAUGCCCAUUGAUGUAAUAAAUUUCAGUAUUGUCACAUUUUUGUUGACAAAAUGGUA